AUGUCAGCAUCGGACCCGCAAUCCCUUCGAGAAAUAGGUCCGAAACGAAGGGUCAUGGCUUGGCGACUGUUGCCGCUCAACGACAACACAGCGAGCUGCAGCCUUACCAGUAAUAAGGUCACAUCGUUGGGCCGGCAUCCAGCAAGCGACAUUCGGGUCGGUGAGCUCGUUCUCUCGGCCACGCACUGCAAGUUUUAUGUCGACGACUGCACCCCACCAACGCUGAGGAUUCAGGACUUGAGCUCGAAUGGCACAUGGGUGAAUGAAAAACGGCUUGUCAAAGGGGAGAAAAGUAAUCUCGCCGAUGGGGAUCGCAUUGUGCUAUCAAGAGGCAGCGAUAAGCUGAUCGGAUACGAUGUCGAGUACGCAUAG